AGAUAAAAAUGUUCGGUUAGCUACACUUAAGUGCAUUAAGUCUUGCAGUCUCGAGAGGAUAGCCGAGUAUUUCGGGUGUGUUUUCUGCGUAUGCUGACUGAGACCUUUAUUUGUCGUUGAGAGAGAGAGAGACUUGAUGCGUUAGUGCUUCCAAAACCUGACAGUUCAAAACCCGACAGUCAACGACGUUGAAAUGUCGGAUUCAGAAGCGGUUAGUGACGCGGGAAGUCCCGUGGGAAGAUCGCGGAGUAUCUCCCGUAGCAGAAGCCGUUCCAGCUCACGAUCCAGGAGUCCAUCCAGAUCUCGUUCACGUUCCCGAUCGCCGUCUGGCUCUGAAGACGGAGACGCUAAGAUAGAUGAGGCAGAGGAAGUCAGAUCGGAUGACGAGGAAGCUGUAGAACCAGAGGAGGAACCUGAGGGAGAAGAUUUGGAUAAUAGCAGUGAAUAUGAUGAAGAAGAAGAUGAGGACGAAGACAUGCCGAAAAAGAAGAAGAAAAAAGACAGAUUUGGUGGCUUUAUCAUUGAUGAGGCUGAAGUAGAUGACGAGGUGGAAGAUGAUGAUGAAUGGGAGGAAGGUGCCCAAGAAAUUGGUAUCGUUGGAAAUGAAGUGGACGAAUUAGGACCAACUGCCCGUGAGAUUGAAGGACGACGUAGAGGUACGAAUCUCUGGGAUUCGCAGAAAGAGGACGAAAUCGGGGAAUAUUUUCGAAAAAAAUAUGCUGAUGAAUCACUUGCCGCUCAUCGCUUUGGCGAUGGUGGUGAAGAGAUGAGUGACGAAAUCACCCAGCAAACUCUAUUGCCUGGCGUGAAAGAUCCAAACUUGUGGAUGGUGAAAUGUCGUAUAGGAGAAGAAAAAUCUACUGUGCUCCUAUUGAUGCGAAAGUUUAUUACAUACCAAUUUUCGGGAGAACCUCUGCAAAUCAAAUCUAUCGUGGCACCCGAAGGUGUUAAAGGAUACAUUUAUAUAGAGGCUUUCAAACAAGCACAUAUAAAAGCCGCUAUUGAGAGCGUUGGAAGUCUGAGAAUGGGUAUAUGGAAGCAGCAAAUGGUGCCGAUCAAAGAGAUGACGGAUGUGUUACGCGUUGUCAAAGAGCAGACCGGCCUGAAAGCCAAACAGUGGGUUCGUUUGAAGCGGGGCAUUUACAAAGACGACAUAGCUCAAGUGGAUUAUGUUGACUUAGCGCAAAAUCAGGUGCAUCUGAAAUUAUUGCCGAGAAUCGACUAUACUCGACCGCGUGGUGCCUUAAGAACAGCGCAAAGCGAAUCUGAAGCUCUGAAACGCAAGAAGAAGAGACGACCACCGGCGAAGCCGUUCGAUCCUGAGGCAAUCCGCGCCAUUGGUGGAGAAGUGACCAGCGACGGAGAUUUCCUUAUAUUCGAAGGAAACAGAUACAGUCGUAAAGGAUUUCUUUAUAAAAAUUUCACCACAAGUGCUAUUAUCGCGGAAGGUGUGAAGCCUACACUCUCCGAAUUAGAGAGAUUCGAAGAAGCGCCGGAAGGCGUUGAAAUAGAUUUAAGCGGAACGCCAGGAACUGGGGUUUCCGGGAAGGAAGAUCAAAUCACUCACUCCUUCAGCAACGGAGAUAACGUAGAAGUAUGUGAGGGUGAAUUGAUCAAUCUACAAGGAAAAAUUGUCUCUAUAGAUGGAAAUAUGAUAAUGGUCAUGCCGAAACACGAAGAACUCAGAGAAGCUUUGGAAUUCCAAGCUUCUGAGUUGCGAAAAUACUUCACGAUGGGCGAUCAUGUUAAGGUUGUUGCAGGGAGGUACGAGGGUGACACCGGUUUAAUAGUCAGGGUAGAACAAAAUAGAGUGGUUUUAUUCUCUGACUUGUCGAUGCACGAGCUGGAGGUUCUCCCUAGGGACCUACAACUGUGUUCGGACAUGGCAACGGGCGUCGACAGUUUAGGUCAGUUCCAAUGGGGUGAUUUGGUGCAACUUGACGCGCAAACGGUCGGCGUUAUUGUUCGGUUGGAACGCGAGAAUUUCCAUGUGCUCUCCAUGCAUGGAAAAGUGGUCGAAGCGAGGCCGCAAGGUCUCACGAAGCGUCGAGAGAACAGGAACGCGGUUGCUCUGGACUCGCAACAAAAUACCAUACAAAAGAAAGAUAUCGUUAAAGUUGUGGACGGGCCACAUGCGGGUCGAGGUGGAGAAAUUAAACAUUUGUACAGGAGCUUCGCUUUCUUGCAUUCACGAAUGUUCGUCGACAAUGGUGGCAUUUUCGUAUGCAAAACCAGACAUCUUCAGUUAUCUGGUGGGACCAAAACGAACGCGACAACUAUGUCGGUAGUCGCUGGAUUUAUGUCGCCUAGAAUUGCUUCUCCGAUGCAUCCCAGCGGGGGAGGCUUCGGUAGAGGGGGUGGAAGUGGAAGAGGCAGAGGUCGCGGUGGCGGUGCGAGACGCGACAGAGAAAUAAUCGGGACCACUAUCAAGAUAACGGGCGGGCCUUACAAGGGCAAUGUCGGUAUCGUGAAAGACGCGACGGAGACCACGGCGCGAGUAGAACUGCAUUCCACAUGCCAGACGAUUUCCGUGGACCGAUCUCAUAUUGCGAAUGUCGGUGUACCGACGAAGGAUGGUGGAUUCAGCAGUUACAACAGAACUCCGGCGUACGUAGCGGGUGGACAAACGCCGAUGUAUGCCAGAGAUGGAUCCAAGACGCCUAUGCAUGGCUCUCAAACACCUAUGUAUGAAAAUGGCUCUCGUACUCCUCAUUACGGUUCAAUGACGCCGUCUCACGAUGGUUCGCGAACACCCGGCCAAUCAGGAGCCUGGGACCCGGCUGUCACAAAUACGCCCGCCAGAACGAACGAUUUCGAUGGCUACAGUAUGGAAGAGGGUGGGUCCCCCAGCUAUGGGCCCGGAUAUCCUGCUACCGGAGGUCCGUUCACUCCGCAGACCCCGGGCACCAUGUACGGUUCGGAACAAAGCUUUAGCUCGUAUCAACCAAGCCCUAGUCCUGCUGGAAGUGCCACUGCAAGUCCAAGUCCUACGGGUUAUGUCGCCACUCCGUCCCCAAGUGGAACUGGGUAUACCACGAGCCCACAAGGAGCAUUUGCGACUCCGUCUCCCAUGGGCUAUAGCCCCAUGACACCUGGGAGCCCGUACAAUCCACAAACGCCUGGCGCAGGAUUGGAUACAGGUAUUGGUUCUGGUGUCGUAGGCGGCUCCGAAUGGCAUACAACGGAUAUUGAAGUACGCAUUCGCAACUCCCAAGAUGAUCCUGCGCUUGCUGGUCAACAGGCAAUUAUUCGUGGAAUUUCGGGCGGCAUGUGCACCAUUUACUUACCUACCGAGGACAGAGUCGUGAAUUUAGGCUGUGAUCAACUGGAACCUGUGGUGCCGUCACGCGGUGAUCGAGUGAAAGUAAUUCUAGGCGAGGACCGAGAAGCCGUCGGCACUUUACUCUCGAUCGACAAUCAAGAAGGAGUUGUUAAGCUCAAUACGGAAGAGAUAAAAUUUUUACAGCUACGAUUUUUGUGUAAAAUGAAAGCUGCUAACACGUAACUUUCUCAAUACUUUUUACACACACACACACACACAUAUAAACUAUGUACCUAAAAUUAUUAUUAUUAUUAUUUUAUAUAAACAAAAGCAUCUAAGGAAGGAAUAUUUACGAUAUGAUGAUACCGAACAAAAAGGAUAUGUUAUGUUCUUGUUGAAACUUUACAAUGUUUACUUUCUGAGUGACUAGAUCAUAUUGCAAGCAAAAAACUAUUAAAACUUUCAAUUAUGGUCUAUAUAUCUUUUAAAUAAAGUUCCUGGUCUCGCUGCAACUUGUCUUUGUUCGAUGACGUCAGAAGCGAGAAGACGUAUGUCAAAAAUUCUUGCGUUAUUCGUUCAAAUAAAAAAUAUAGCCACAAAAUGAUGAUUGAUUUAGUAUACUUGUAAAAUUGUUCGAACACUUUUACUCUAACGUUGCAACAUUACUCGCGAGCGGAUGAGUCGCGCAGUAUGGCCGAUGACGUAUCCCGCGACUCCCAGAAGCAACCGUUUUCGUCUGAAUGGUGGGCAACCGGGCUGGCAAUCGCGCCGAUAGGCGCUCCUGUGUUACAGAUCACGUGGAUGUAGCCUCCAUCGAAUCUUCAACAUUAUUAUUUGUACGACAUGUCUAAGGAAGUACUAACUUUUGGAGGAAUAAGCAAAACGCGGAAAAUUUAUGUAAAUUACUACUACAGUGACGUACAAAUCGAUGGAUAUACAAAUUGUAUUCUUUAACAUUCAGUGUUCACGUAUUCAUUAUGUAUGUUUUAAUUUUGUACGAUGUAAAUAAACGUAAUACAUUAUUUGGUGCGUUCACAUCAGCUGAGUGACAACGGAUACUGGCAGUUUUUGUAUUUAUACAUUCUGAAUGAACGAUAACAGUCAUAGUAUCUGCAAAUUGACACUGAAUAUUUUAGACAGUAUAAACUUAUGUUAUAUGAAUAAAAGUAUUAUACAAAAGAUGUGUUCGUCUUUUGACAUUAAUUGAAAUAAAUAA